AUGGUUUCUAUUCGUACUCUCGCAACACUCACGGCCCUGGUGCUCGGUGUCACGGCCCAGGACCCCCCUCCAGAUGCUCCCCCGGAAGAGCCAGCGGGACCACUGCUGUCACUGAUCCCCCGCCCUUCGAUUGUUCUCCCCGAGUGGCCAACGACUCUGGUGACGCUGGUCCCGGCCCCCUCGGGAACCCUCACCUGCGCCACCGUGCUCUGCAUCCCCGAUUACGUUUGCAUAGAGACGGAGGGCCGGCCCAAAUGCGUCCCUUCUAAUCGAUGUGGCAACGUCAACUGCCCGGCCGGAACGAGGUGCUGCAACGCCAGCUGCAACCUCUGCACGGCUCCCGACGUCAUGUGCACGCAGCAGGUCUGCGACUCCACCCUGGAACUCCCCGCCGAGUAA